AUGAGCUUAAAACAGGCUAUAUUUGAAACGAUAACUGAUCGGUCAGACGCAAUACCAUUAUGUCCACGUUUACAUUUAUUUCUGAAACCGUCUGCACGGAUUUCGAUCACUAUUCAACUGAGUGGCAAAAACAAAAUGUCAGUUUCCAAUUGGCAGAUUAUGGAACGCAUAAAAGAAUGGAUAGAUCCAGACAAAUUUUCUCAUCUCUGCAUUGCCAAAACUUCUUCAGAUUUUAUCAAGUUCGAUGCAGAGUUAGCUGACCGUUCCAGAUUGUCUACUGUAUUGUCACGUUUGUGUGAUAGAAGAAUAAAAUUUCCAGGGGUUUCUCACCUCUUGACAGUGCGCGCAAUAGAAACUAAACCCGAUUUUCCUACUCGUCAUGAUUGGGAUUCAUAUUUUCGUGACAGUAAAGAUAUGAACGAGUUGAAACCAGGUGAACGUCCUGAUACUUUACACAUUGAAAAUAUUCCUCUAGAGUGGUUAACAGAACCAGGUGAAAAAUAUCCUAGUGAAAAUAUUUUAAAAAGAAUAUUCAACGAAUUUGGUGAAGUAGCUCGUGUGGAUUUACCCGCUGCUGAUCCAUCAAGAGUUAAUCAUGGUAUUGGAAUAUGUGAUGCAUACAUACAGUUUAGAGACUAUUCUGCAUUCGUAAAAGCAAUGAAUGCAUUGAAGGGCAAUAAAUUAGCUUACAUCACAGAUACAAAAGCUUUGACUGCAAAUAUAAAAGUAGAUUUUGAUAAAACCAAACAUAUGACAUUAAGUUCAAUUACAAAAAGGCAUGAGCGUCGUGAUCGGUUUAUGAUAAGGAAAAAAAUAUUAGAAGAAGCAGAGAGGAUAAAUAAAGAAAAAGAAACAAAAAUGCGCGAAGAAGAAAAUAAAAAGAGGCUAUUUGAAUUAGAGAAGAAACUUGAAAGACGUAAAUUACGAGAGGAUAAACGCAAAGCUAAACGUCUGAAACGUUUAGCUGAUCGAGAAGCAGAUGAAAUGAACCAAAGAAUUGCAACUGAAGAAAUACUUUUAUUAAAAACUCAAAGAAAACUUGAAGCUAUACAUUUACUAGGAGAAUUGUUUACAAGAAUCAAAUUGAACAUUAUUUCCAAAAAUAAUAUGAAAGAUAAAUCUGAGAUAAACAACAGUAAUACAAAUAAAAUUCAAUUUGGAGAUAUUGAGUCAACUUUUAGACAAAGAAUGAUAGAAAAAUGGAAACCUUAUCAGCCCAAAAUGUUUAAAAAUUCUGUUAAUCCAAUUGAUGAUUCUGAAAAUCGUAAUCUUAGUAAUGACCAGAAUGCUAACUAUCGUGGUAGAGGUCGAGGAAAUUGGCGUGGAAAUCGUGCUAAAGGCACACAUCAGUACAUAGGUCGAGGUGGAUACUUUAUGCCACCUAUGUUUGAUCCAAUGCAGUUAAUUAGUUAUGGACAUAAGUAUCAUAAAUACUUUCAGAAGCUUAGUAAAAAAGUUGAAAACGACAGAAGUCGAAGCCGCAGUAGAAGCAGAAAACGAAGGCGAUCUUAUUCGAGUAGAAGCCCUAGAAGUCAUAGUCGUAGCCAAAGUUGUGACAAAACCUAUAGUAGGUCUAAGAGUAGAAGUCGUUCAAAAAUUAGAAAUUCAAAGAGUCAAAGUCAUUCAAGAAGUAGAAGUCGUUCGAAAAGUAGAAGUAUUUCAGAGAGUAAGAGCCGAAGUAAAAGUAGGCAUAAAAGUCCAGAUAAAACAGUUGCAAAUAAUUCUGGACAUAAACAUAAGAAAAAGAGUAAAAAGAAGAAAAAUAAAAAGUCUAAAAAGUCUAAGAAAUAACAUUUUAGUUAUUGUCAU